GAGAGCAAAGCAGGACGGGAGGAAAAUGUUGCGGGUCUCCAGCGCCGGGACCGGCUGAGCGGCUCAGACUGAUCGAUAACUGGGACUGCGCGAUAAACGCGACUCCAAUUGAGCAGCUUGCGACCGAGCGGACAUCUGAGUUCUCCGUGGUGUGCCAGCCCUCUGUGGUCUCUCCAUGCCUCCUUCUCCUCUAGACGACAGAAUUGUGGUGGCGCUGCCAAGGCCUAUACGACCUCAGGAACUCCGACUCCGCCUGGACACCAGCUACCUGGAAGCUACCGUGGGCACCGUCGGUCAGUCGACGGUCAUCAGCAGCACCACUGUGGUGAAGAUCCAGGCGACCAAGCUUUCGUAUAUGCCCUCGUCCAGCGGCUCCACGCGCUCGCUGACGUGUGGAUGCAGCAGUGCCAGCUGUUGCACGGUGACCACCUACGAGAAGGACGGCCAGGUCAGCGCCAGCAGCCCCAACUUGAACUCCGGAGUGGGCUAUGGCGUCCCGACGGUGGGCCAAGGCGAGGCCUACAGCGCGCCCAGUCUCACCUCCAGCCUGACCAGGGGCGGCAUGCGGGUUAUCCACCCCAACGAGCUGGCCAAAAAGCUGACGCAUUGCCCCCUGGGCCACCCGGUCGGGCCGGUGCCCGUCAUCAUCGACUGUCGGCCCUUCAUGGAGUUUAACAAGAGCCACAUCCGGGGCGCUGUGCACAUCAACUGCUCGGACAAGAUCAGUCGGCGACGGCUCCAGCAGGGCAAGAUCACCGUCCUGGACCUCAUCUCCUGCCGGCAGAGCAAGGACUCCUUCAAGGGGAUUUUUUCCAAAGAGCUGGUGGUGUACGACGAAAGCACGGUGGACCCGGGCCGCUUGACGCCGUCUCAGCCUCUGCAAGUGGUUCUGGAGUCGCUGCGGAGGGAAGGAAAGGACCCCAUCGUUCUGAAAGGAGGCCUCACCGGUUUCCGACAGAGCCACGGUGAUCUGUGCGAGCACUCUCUUCACCUGGAGGAAGGACAGGACGGCAGGACCACGGUGGGCCUGUCGGGGGCGCUACCUCAUUCCCUGCCCUCCACACCGGACAUCGAGAACGCAGAGCUGACGGCCAUCCUCCCCUUCCUGUUCCUGGGCAACGAACGGGACGCUCAGGACCUGCAGCUCAUGCAGCGCAUGGACAUCGGCUUCAUCCUGAACGUCACCACGCACCUGCCGCUCUACCACUACGAGCUCGGCCUGUUCAAGUACAAGCGCUUACCCGCCAGCGACAGCAACAAGCAGAACCUGCGGCAGUACUUCGAGGAGGCCUUCGAGUUCACAGGUACCACAGCAGAUGAUUGA